CCCCCCUUAAAACCUCCGAUUCAAUUUUCAAUUUCGUUUUUUUGAAAGAAAAUAAAAAAAAUGGCAAUAUUUGGAGCAAGAAAAUUUCUAUCGCGAAGCUUUUCGACUCUUUCUCCUCUACCCUUACGCGUGUGCAUUGUCGGAAGCGGUCCCGCAGGCUUCUACGCCGCCGAAAAGAUGUUGAAGACGCAUCAAGGAUCACAAGUUGACAUCAUUGAUCGAUUACCUACGCCCUAUGGAUUGGUACGCUCCGGCGUUGCACCUGAUCAUCCUGAAACUAAGAAUGUAAUUAAUCAAUUCUCUCGGGUUGCGCAAAAUGGAAGGUGCUCCUUUUGGGGGAAUAUCACUCUGGGAUCUUCUGUAUCUCUGGCGGAGCUGCGGGAGCUUUACCAUGUUGUUGUGCUUGCUUAUGGCGCGGAAAGUGACAGAGUUCUAGGCAUUCCAGGGGAAGAUCUGAAAGGGGUUCAUUCAGCUAGAGAGUUUGUUUGGUGGUAUAAUGGGCACCCGGAUGGAACAAACCUGGACCUUGACUUGAAGAGCACUGAUACAGCUGUUAUCCUUGGUCAGGGAAAUGUGGCUCUUGAUGUUGCUCGUAUCCUUUUACGACCAACAUCUGAAUUGGCAACAACUGAUAUCGCCAGCCAUGCUUUGACUGCUUUGGAGCAAAGCUCUAUAAGGAAAGUAUAUCUGAUUGGAAGACGUGGACCAGUCCAAGCAGCUUGUACUGCAAAAGAGCUCCGUGAAGUUCUUGGUAUUAGGGAUUUGUGUAUUGACAUAAAGGAAGCUGAUUUGAAGAUAACCCCAGCAGAUGAGGAAGAAAUGAAAAACAGUCGUAUUCAUCGGAGGAUUUAUGAGUUACUCUCUAAGGCAGCCAUUGCUGGACCUUCCCAACCUAGUUCAGGUCAACGUGAACUUCAUUUUGUUUUCUUCCGUCAACCUGAUAGGUUUCUAGAAUCAUAUGACAAUGAGGGAUAUGUUUCUGCGGUGCACCUUGAGAAGACAGCUCUAAAGGGUGUUGGCCCCGGAAAACAGAUUGCCACGGGUACUGGACAAUUCGAAGAUCUUGCUUGUGGGAUUGUGCUAAAGAGUAUUGGCUAUAAAUCAGUGCCAGUGGACGGUUUGCCAUUUGACAAUCAGAAAGGUGUGGUACCAAAUAUAAAAGGUCGAGUUCUAAGUGAUAAUUCAGGAGAUCCUACAUUGCUUGAGAAUGGCUUGUAUGUCUGUGGGUGGUUGAAGAGAGGGCCAACAGGCAUUAUUGGCACAAACCUUUACUGUGCUGAGGAAACUGUUGCAAGCGUAUCAGAAGAUCUUGAACAAGGAGUGUUAGCAUCAACAACCAGCUUGCCGAAACUUGGACAAGAAGGACUCCUCCAGAUUUUGGACGAUAGAAAUGUCAGAGUUGUUCCAUUCAGUGCUUGGGAAAAUAUUGAUGAGGAGGAGAAGAGACUAGGGAGUUUGAUAAAUAAACCCAGAGAGAAAUUGACGACAUGGGAGGAGCUACUGAAAGCUGCCACGGAAUGAAUGUGCCCCUUCUCAAGUGUUUUCUUUGUCGUCCGAGACAGGACACAGCACUUUGGAAGGCUUGAACCACAAGAAUAUGCCCCUUCUCUAAUUAAAUACUUAUAUUUUUCCCUAAUUUUUCAGGCCAUAAGAUUUUUUUUUUUUGUUGGUGAAAAGGAAAAAGAUGGUUGUUGUCCCUUGUAACAAGUUGGGCUUGAAGGGAAACUGAUUUUUUAUUUUUCCUAGCCAUUAAAUUGAAUUGUCAAAUAAAAUUUGAAUUUUAAAUUUGUUCCAAAUUAUUUGUGAAUUUUUCUCA